GUGUAACGUGAACGGAAGAGAGGCGAUGCUGCCGCUCUCGAUGCUCUGCGCUUCCUGUUCUUCUCCUUCACACCUCUUUACGCUUCCCAGGCCGUGCGGCGACUGACAAAGCCCGCGCGAAGACUCCCAUCAACAGGAGGAAUUACGCACAGAUCCGAGCCGGUACCGGACCUCCGUUGGCAAACAUCAGCGGCAGUGAGCCCCAGCUGUGGCCGGUGGGCAUGGUUUUGGAGGGUAGCUCAGAGGCGCUGUGUCCCCCCCCAUCUCUGGAGCUGCGCCCAUCCUGCAACAAGAGCCAGCCCUCGCCUCUUCUUGGCUCAAGCUCACAACCCCAUGACGGAGUCUUUCCUGAGGACAAGGAUCCCGUAAAGUAUGGCGAGCUCAUCGUCUUGGGGCACAACGGGUCACUGGCCAAUGGGGACAAAGGUCGCAGAAGAAGUCGUCUGGCCCUUUACAAGAGACCCAAAGCCAAUGGGGUCAAACCUGAUGUUAUCCACAAUGUCUCAACUCCUUUGGUCUCAAAGGCACUCAGCAACAAAAGCCAGCACAGCAUCUCCUACACACUGUCACGGAGCCACUCUGUAAUUGUGGAGUACACCCAUGACACCAACACAGACAUGUUUCAGAUUGGCCGGUCUACAGAGAGCAUGAUUGACUUUGUGGUGACGGACACAGCAGGCAGCAGCAGUGGUCAAGGUGGGGGUGCAGUGGGGGAGGGCGGAGGCCAGUCAGUUCAGAGCACCAUCUCACGGUACGCCUGCCGCAUCAUGUGUGAGCGCAGUGCUCCCUACACGGCACGCAUCUAUGCCGCUGGCUUUGACUCUUCCAAGAACAUCUUCCUGGGGGAGCGGGCUGCCAAAUGGAGAACAUCAGACGGCCUGAUGGAUGGUCUGACUACCAACGGCGUGCUGGUCAUGCACCCAGCGGGCGAGUUUGUGUCUGAACCAGCUCCUGGGGUCUGGAGAGAAAUCUCAGUCUGCGGCAAUGUCUUUGCCCUGAGGGAGACCCGCUCAGCCCAGCAGAGAGGAAAACUGGUUGAAAAUGAGUCAAACACACUGCAGGACGGUUCUCUGAUUGAUCUGUGUGGAGCUACUUUGCUAUGGAGGACCCCCACUGGAUUGCGGCAUACUCCUACUCUCAAACAGCUGGAGUCCCUUCGGCAGGAGCUGAACGCCGCCCGGCCUCAGUGUCCUGUGGGCUUCAACACGCUAGCCUUCCCCAGCCUGGCCCAGCGUGAGAUUGUCGACAAGAAGCAACCCUGGGUUUAUGUCAACUGUGGCCACGUACACGGCUACCACAACUGGGGCUACCGGAAAGAAAAGGGCCCCGUUGGCCCCGGAGGUACAGCACCUCCCAGCACUGGUGAGAGGGAGUGCCCUAUGUGUCGAAGAGUAGGCCCCUAUGUGCCAUUGUGGUUGGGGUGUGAGGGUGGAUUGUACCUGGAUGCUGGGCCACCAACUCAUGCUUUCUGCCCCUGUGGUCAUGUUUGCUCAGAAAAGACCGUGGUGGGGUGGAGCCAAAUCCCAUUACCCCAUGGCACUCAUGCCUUCCAUGCUGCCUGCCCUUUCUGUGGUACCUGGUUGACAGGGGAGCAGGGCCACAUCAAACUCAUCUUCCAGGGCCCCGUUGACUGAAGCCCAGACAACUCAGAGAAAAGUAUUUGGUGGAUUGACUGAGGAUCUGCUAACUGAAGACUGUGUGCUAAACCAGUACAGGAAGAGGACUGUUAACAUGAUGAGUUGAAAGCAACUUGCAAUAGUACAUGCCAAGGCUUCACAUGGAAUAUGAGGUGUAUGGAGAAUAUGUAAAAUAAAC